AUGUCAUCGGAAAAACCUCAAUCAAUAUCUUCACUUAUCACUGAAUUUCUGGACCAACCACCAAGCUGUCUGGAAUUUUGUCCCCAAGACCCCGAUUAUUUCGUGAUAGGCACCUAUCUACUUCAUGAAGAAAAGCCAGAACAACAACAGAGUGGUCGAGAAAAUGCCUCCUCCACGUCCACAGUCAAGCAGACCAAAACAGGAACUCUUCAGCUGUGGCAUUUGAAUGCUACUACUCCUCAAUUGCAAGAGAAGCAAGUGGUGACCUUGUCCCAUGCUGUCUUCGACUUGCAUUUCCACCCACGACAGUCGACUCUACUGGGAAUUGCCGGUAGCGAUGGGACUGUUUCCCUCUACAGUAUCUCCUGUUCUCAUCAUGACAGUUCCAAUUAUCCGCACAUUCAGCACAUUUGGACGAGAUCUGUGCACGACGAGGAUCCAGGCUCCAUUCCAUCCUUGUACCUGACCUGGUUCCCGAAAAGUUGGUUUCCGACGACAUCGUCGUAUCCCGAUGGGUUUGCAGUGACGUUUGCUGAUGGUAGGACAUCUGUCUUUUCUACCCCGCUUCCUGCAGCAGCAGCUCAACAGGGGAAAGAAAGAAACGGGGAAGGAGGACAGCAUGAUAUAGCCAAGGGAAACGGAUUAGAUUUGAUAGAGACUCAAUUUGAGGCUCCAAAUGGUGUUGCCAUUGAGGCUUGGUUCGUGGCCUUGGCUAGUUAUACGGAAGAAGAAGCAGCGACAGACGAUUCUUCGAUAAAGUCAUCAUCAUUCAUUUUCACGGGCGACGAUUUUGGCUCGCUGAAUAUACGGAAGUUUUGCGCUCCAGACGAGGAGGGUGAUGAUGGGACUAGCUCUGAUUUAUCGUUAGAGGAUUGCAUGAUAUCUGACACAAGCGAUAGAGCUCGCCAUCACACAGCUGGCGUUACGGCUAUAUUACCAUUACCGAUUAUGAACAUGGUCGCAAACGCGCCGAUAUUGUUGACUGGGAGUUAUGACGAGUAUAUUCGAGUGUAUCAUGCGAAUUCAAGAAGAGGCACGGUUCUUGCAGAGAGUCGGUUAGGUGGUGGAGUUUGGCGACUACAAGUUAUCGAUACGGAGGAAGCUGACGCUGGAGAAAUAAAUUUUCUGGUUCUGGCAAGCUGCAUGCACGCUGGCACGAGAGUUGUGAAAGUCACCUGGAAGAGGAGACAAGCAACAGAAAUUGGCGACUGGGAUAUACAGGUAUUGGCGCAAUUCACGGAGCAUGAAAGCAUGAAUUAUGCUUCGGGCUUUUGGAAGGGGAAUAGAUCUACUUCAGAUAUGGUUUGUGUCUCGACCAGCUUCUACGAUAAAAGACUGUGCUUGUGGAAGCUUCAGUUAUGA